CUUAGACUUUCUGACAUGUCACUCUGUAUAAGGACCGGAUUUUACCGCCAAGAGAUCAACAAAACAGUUUGGGAUGUACAGGAAAGAUACCGAGAUCUCAUCCAAGUGGGUACCGGCGCGUACGGAACAGUUUGCUGUGCUAUCGACAGGAAGACAGGUAUACGUGUUGCUAUCAAGAAACUCCAUCGACCCUUCCAGUCUCGACUGUUUGCCAAGAGAGCUUACAGAGAACUCAGACUAGUCAAACACAUGAAACAUGAGAAUGUCAUUGGACUGUUAGAUGUCUUCACAGCUGAAUUAUCCCUGGACCGGUUCCAUGACUUUUAUUUAGUGAUGCCAUUCAUGGGCACUGACCUUGGGAAGCUCAUGAAGAUGGAAAGAUUGUCUGAAGACAGAGUGCAGUUUCUUGUGUAUCAAAUGCUCAGGGGGCUGAAGUAUAUUCAUUCGGCUGGGAUCAUUCACAGAGAUCUAAAACCUGGGAACUUGGCUGUAAAUCAGAACUGUGAGCUGAAGAUUCUGGAUUUUGGUCUGGCCAGGCAGGCAGACUCACAGAUGACGGGUUACGUGGUGACCAGGUGGUACAGAGCGCCUGAAGUCAUCCUGAACUGGAUGCACUAUUCACAAACAGUUGACAUCUGGUCAGUCGGAUGCAUCAUGGCAGAGAUGCUUCUUGGAAAGCCACUCUUCAAAGGAAAUGAUCAUUUGGACCAGUUGAGAGAAAUUAUGAAAAUCACAGGGACACCGGCACAGGAUUUCAUCGUGAAACUCCAGAGCCAGGAUGCCAAAAACUACAUUAGAAGUUUGGCAAAAGUGCCAAAGAAAGACUUGCACUCAAUUUUCUUUAAAGCCAGUUCAGAUGUGGUGAGUGCCAUGGACAAGAUGCUUGUGUUGGACCCUGACAAGCGUGUGAGUGCUUCCAUGGCUCUGGAGCUUCCCAUGUUUUCUGACUUUCGAGAGCCUGAAGAAGAGACUGAGGCGUUGCCCUACGACCACUCCAUGGACAAUGCUGACCUGACGCUCGAGCAGUGGAAACGUCACACUUUUACAGAGAUCCUGUCCUUCCAGCCACCGAUCAUAGAUCUCAGAGACUCCAAAGACACUUCUCUCUGACUGGACACAAACACACACACACACACACACACACACACACACACACACACACACACACACACACACACACACACACACACACACACACACACACACACACACAUAUGCACAGUUGAAAUGAAAAAAAAAAUAAUAAUAAUGCCAUUCAAAUGACAUGAAUGCUAGAAAACAGUGAGAAUUAUAUUUUGUAUACAGAUUGUUUGUGUACUUCCUGUAGCUUUAUAUUUUUAUUACUUAGA